AUGUAUUCGCCGUUCGGCGGAGGCUUUGACCCCGGCAACCCGGAACACAUGUACAACAUGGCUCGCCACGGGCGUCGACCGAUCGUGCAGCGCUUCGACGAGUACUACCGAUGCUACCCAGUCAUCAUGGCCCCAGGCACCGAACGGCCGGACCUCAACUAUGGCUCCAAGAUAAUUCUUCCGCCGUCAGCUCUGGACAAGGUGUCAAAGCUGCAUGUCCAGUGGCCACUUCUGAUGGAGCUUAUCAACGGGGCCAAAGGCAAACACUCCCACGCCGGUGUCCUCGAGUUCAUCGCCGAGGAGGGCCGAGCAUACAUUCCUCAAUGGAUGAUGGAGACACUUGGGAUGGAGGUCGGCGACAUGAUCCAAGUUCGAACCACGUCUCUCGAGCUGGCCAAGCUGGUCAAGCUUCAGCCUCAGUCCGUCAGCUUCCUUGAAAUAAGCGAUCCCAGAGCCGUUCUUGAGAGGGCAUUUAGGAGCUUUGCCGCUCUCACAAAGGGAGACGUGUUCAACUUUGAGUACAACGACGAGGUCUACGAGAUGGCCGUGCUGGACGUCAAGCCAGAGACGGACAAGAUGGGCGUCUGCAUGAUCGAGACAGACGUAUCGGUCGACUUUGCUCCGCCAGUCGGCUAUGUCGAGCCUGAGAAGAGGAGCGGCACAAGCACGCCACAGAGCGGGCGGGCAGGCAUCGCGGCAGGCGGAGUGGUGCACAGUCAGGGUACGAUGGCACAGGCCAUCAACUACAGCUCCAUCGCGCCGUCAGUCACCAGCACCGCAACGAAUUUCUUGGGAGAAGGACAGCGCCUCGCGAAGAAGGGUAGCAAAAAUUCGACGCCCAAGCCAGCUACGCCAGUCCCUGUCGACGCUGCAGGUGUGCCGAAGCGACGGACCGGUGCCCCGGCACCCCUCCGCCUGCCGCCGAAUAAGCUUUUCUUCGGCUACGAGUUUAAGCCCGUGAAGACGGAUGAGGAGAAGCAAGUGGACAAGGAGAACUCCGAGAAGCCGCACUUCGCUGGCCAGGGGCAGAGCCUGCGAGGUACAGUAAAGCGCAAGGGAGAAUCUGACGAAAAGUCAAAGGCUCCGGACAAGAAAGGGCCAAGCGAGGGCCACAGGCUCGAUGGAAGGCGGCCGAAAUGA